AUGGGCCGGGUUUGCAAAGCGGACAGCCUGCCAGUGACCUACCCCGAACUCACGUACAUCUGCUCCUUCUACCUCUUCCUGCUGAUAAGCUUCCUGGUAUGGUGUCUACGCAAAAAUAGAUUCAGAAGCAAAAUAAAUGAAAGGCACAAAUGGAAGAAUAGCGAGGCCCACGCAAAAAAUGAAAAGGUAGAAUUUUUUAACUACAUUUAUGAGGCGGGGGAAGAGGACGACUCGGAUGACAUUGUGGUUAGACAAGAAGGGUACCAAAAUAGCUUUGUCGGUUUCGCUCUGAAGAAUACCUCCAUCUUCCUAUACGUAUGCACCCAUGUGAUUAUCCUCUUUCUAAUUGCAAAUGAGUAUUGCAUUCACGAGGGGGGUGAAAUCUUGUGGAAUGACCGAGCCUUUGUUUUCUUCAUUUUUCUGCUCCUCUGCUUUUCCAUUACGUAUGGCAUUUUGACAGUGAGGAAGCACCUGCACAGCUUUUUUUUGAAACCCUCCCUCCUGAAAGAUAGUGAUUAUGUGUUGAUAUACACCAAGAGCGAUGAGUACGCCAAUACGUGUAAGACCUCCCUGAGGCGAAGUUUCUUUCAUGCCCUUAGUUGGGCUAGCAGAUGGUCUCACACGUUAAGAAGACGCUUCCGGCACUAUGUGAAUGUGUAUGUGCGCUACCAGGGGGUGAUAAAGCGCGCGCUCCUUUUGGAAAUUACCAAGUGGGGCUUCAUCCACAGGGGGGCAGAAUUUGGAAGCGCGCGCCCAGGCAACAGUGAGGAGGGGCGAAGCCACCACGGAAAGUAUGAAGACAUUUUGGAGGACCCGCGUUUGUUAGGCGGCCACGCGAGGAAGGGGGCCAGCAAAGCGGCGGGGAAAGCGUCAGGCAAAGCGAUCGGCAAAAUGGGCGGUAUAGUGCCCCCCCCGGUGGAGACCAAAGGGGCCGCCCCCCCGCUAACCGUGCACAAGGUAAAAGUGCAAACCAGCGAAAAGAACCUGCGCUACUUCUUCUUCAGAAGCAUGAAAUACGUCUACAACGAAGAGAAGGACGCCUUCCACAACAUCGCGCUCACCAUUGAGGAGAAGGUAAACAGCCUCGACUUCAAUUUCCUACUGAAGAAGGGGGGACUAAAUAACAGCGAAAUUGUUAACAACCUGAAUGACUACGGCUAUAACAAUAUACACCUCGAAUUUUGCUCCUUCUUUAAAAGCAUAAAAAGAGAGCUCCUGGAUGGGAUCUACAUGUUCCAGCUAUUCAUAACAUAUAAAAAUUUUUUUUGGAAGGAGGUAAUAACUUCCCUCAUUUGGCUAGUCAUUUCAUUCCUAAGUGUUGUAAACAAAAUUAGGAAAAAUGAAAAAAAUAAAAAAGAAAUUUAUGAGAAUAUCCAAUCGAGCAACAACACCGUCGUGACGGUGUAUAGGAAUUCCAUCGUUCAACAUGUCCCCUCUAGUAACUUAACCAUAGGAGAUGUCAUCAUCAUCAAUUCUACGAUGACUAUGCCGUGUGAUUGUGUCCUUCUGACGGGGCAAGUGUUAGUAGAUGAAAGUUUGCUCACUGGGGAAUCCAGGCCUAUGAAAAAGACGUGCAUAUCAAAUUUGAGCUCCUUCAACUCCUUUGACAGUGGGAUCUACUCAUCGUCUAGUGAUUCCUUCCCUUUUGGGGAAACUCCCAAGGGGAAGAAGUCCCAAUGGAAGAACGCUUCCCCACAUGCAGCCAAUCCGUUAAGUGACCAAUUCAGGGGGAACACCAACCAUGAGAGAUACACCAAAGGGGAGUACUACCGAGCAAAGAGAAACUUCCACCACAACAAUAUUUUAUACUCUGGAACGGAUGUCAUUUCCACGAUGAACGCCACAGAGAGCAUCUACGCAGUGGUGAUCAGUGUCAGCAUAUACACCUACAAGGGGAAGUACAUGCAGAAUGUUCUCUUCCCAAAUCCACUCCUCUUCAAAUACGACUCCCAACUACCCAUCGUCUUUCUCUUUACCAUUCUCUUUUCCCUCAUAUGCAUGUAUUUCCAAAUACGUUCCCUGGGACUUAACAUGACCUCCAUUUUUUACACCAUCGGGACCAUGUCACAGAUACUACCUGUGUGGACCCCCGUUGUUCUAAACAUGGGGUUAAACAUAUCAACGAAUAGAUUGAAGGAGGAGAAAAACAUCCGGUGCAUUGCUCCAUCGAGAAUUCCCAUCUGCGGGAAAAUUAGGAUCUUUUUUUUCGACAAAACGGGGACUCUCACGGGGCACAAAAUUGAAUUUUCAGGCGUCCAUUUUAGCAACAACGUUUUGAAUGAACAGAAGGGGCAGCUGUGUGCACGGGAAAACCACAGCAAGAGCGUUUCAGACGAUACGUACGAUGUCAAGUAUGAGAGUUACUACCCCUCCAGUAAAGUCAACUUCAGUUCGGUUGGGAAGAGCGCUUCGCCUGGAAUGGAGGAUGCCCCUCGGGGGGGGAGCAGCGUCCCCCAUGGAGGGGCCUCCUCGGGUGGCGGCUCACAAAGCGAUCAAAAUGUUGUAGCGGUGAUGGAUCAUAUGAGCGGGGCACCCCACGCGGAUGGCGCGUCCGCGCGCUCGCUUUACUCGAGCGUCGACGAGGGGGUUGCUCCCGUGGUGGUUCCUUCGGGCCAGGCCGCGAACGGCGCGAGCAGCGCGAGCGGAAGAGAAAGCGGCCCGGUUGUAGGGGAUAACGACCCGGUUGAAGACAAAAUGGGGGUAUCUGGCGACGCCUGCCGCGCCGGGGAACCCCCCGACGGGGCAAACGCCAGCCAGCCCUCCAGCGGAGACAUCUUCCAAAGCUACGACGAAACGGAUGAGAAUAGGUACCCUGAAAAUCAGAGCAAGGAGGUCCCCAUUGGGGGAGAAGCGCAAACGGGAGGGCCCCCCCAUCAGGGGGACCCCAUCGGAGGAGCUAACCCUUCAACUUUGCCAAAUGGCGAGAAGGAAAACCCCAAUGAGGAAUCAUUUUUACGUGAAGCGGAGGAACAACACACCCUGGAGAGCAAAAGCUUUUCCAUCGAAAUGGACACAGAUGAGUCCCCCAAAAGGGCCAAGAAGCAGAGGGAAAGUACCCCCAUUGUGGGACGCGAAAAUGUUAGUCAAAAGUCAGCCGAGGAGGAAACUGAGCAGAUGGGAGAGGAACCCCCGAUGAGGAGCUGCCACUUCAACGAGUCAAACUCGUCCAUGAAUUCUAUCACGUCACUGCUUUACAACAGCAAAUUGAUGUGGGCAAAUAAAGCCACGCUGAAAAAUACCCCUCCAAAUUAUCACCUCCUUGUGUACGCCCUCGCCGGCUGUGCCUGCGUCUACAGCGACACCCUCACUGAGAAUGUAUACGGCCACGAAAUAGACAAACGAUUAUUCGAAGCCACCGAAAUGAAAAUAAGCAACUACAUUAACAAAUACAACAUGAAUGUGAAGAAGGUCUCCCUAAAAAUCAAUUACACAUUUAAACAUUUUGAUAUUCUUAAAACAUUCGAAUUUGACUACUUCACAAAAAUCUCGACGACGCUAGCGUAUGGCUACUUUAACUUGGGGGAAAAAAAUUUCGUCGUUUUUUCGAAAGGCUCUUUUGAUAAAAUUUACAGAAAAUGCAUCAAAAAUGAAGAAGUGCAUUUUUUUAAAAAGAAAGAACAAGAAUAUAGCAAAAAUGGGUUCUACGUAAUUGGGCUAGCCUUUCGAAUCAUAGGCGGCAUGUCCUUUGAGGAAAUACUACAGCUGCCAAGGGAGGAGUUAGAAAAGGACAUGAGCUUCUUAUCGCUCAUCAUGUUUAGCAAUUACAUUAAGAAGGAUGCCGGGUUGGUUAUUCAAACUCUGAAGGGCUCCUCCAUCAGGCCAGUCAUCCUUACCGGCGAUAAUGCCUACAACUGCCUCUACGUGGGGAACAAAAUUGGCCUCUUCAACAGCAUUAACUUUUACGAGUCCUUCCUCUCCAUCAGCAUGAACGGGAAGGAGCACUCCAACGAUAAUUCGAACUCCAACGCGAACGCGAGCUCCAACUCAGCGGAGGGGAUACUAAACGAGCGAGAGAACCUGUUCCUCUCCACCGAGACGAAAUUUUUGUCAUUUGAAAAUUUUAUCAAGUCGAACGCACAAGGAGGGGGCGAAGACGCAUCCGAGCAAAGGGGGAGGGAAGUGACUCCUCCUGUAGUGGGAACGCACGAGAAAGGGGAGGAAGUGGGGACCCCCCAAAAUAGCCGCCUCCCCAGGGGGGCGUCCUCCAAGAUCUACCGCGAUAUGGACGAGGACUACGCGGGGGGAGAAACCACAGCGCUGCUCCAUGGCGGGCAAAGGCCUUCCCAGGGGGGCGCGCCAAACGGACACCCCGCCUCGAACGGUGGCAGCCGCUUCCCCGUGGAGGAGGCCCCCUUCCUCGAGGCAGUCAGCCAAGUGAACCCCCCUCACAGCAAAAACUCGUGCUACACAAACGAGCAAAACGAACAGCGAAGCGAAAAUGUUAUUGUCUACGGGUACAUGCAAGAACCCCCCACCGACCUCGUAUUCGUCAACAUACAAAAUGAUAAAAGGGUUAAUUCGCAAGAGGUGCUCUUUGGAAAUGCCUACAAAGAAAUCAUCCUAACGGGAGAAGCAUACACUUACAUACGGCACACCAUUUUUGACAUUUCAAAUGAAGAGGAGGAUAUCCCUUCCUAUGGUAACGUCGAAAGGUUGGAAGGCUACAAGAACUUCCUCCUACGUGUACGCAUCUUCUCCCGAUUAACCCCAAACAACAAAAUAGAGGUGAUAAAAGAUUUCAUCAAAUACGACUACAUCUCUGGCAUGUGUGGGGAUGGAAGCAACGACUGUGGAGCUUUAAAAAUUUCUCAUGCAGGGUUGGCCCUAUCAGAUGCAGACACGUCCGUUGUGUCCCCAUUUAGUAGCAAAAAUGAUAAUAUAAAAAGCGUCAUCGAUGUGUUGAGGGAAGGAAGAGCCUGUCUAGUCACCUCUAUCAACUGCUAUAAGUAUAUGCUGCUUUACGGCUUCAUGAUUUCCGUUGUGAAAAUUGUCCUCUUUAUGAAUGCCCACGCGGUUAUGUCCGAAUAUGGCUACCUCUUCUUCGACAAUGUCAUUCUACUAUUGCUGGCGAAAUCUAUGACUCUCUCCAGACCAGCUAGGAAAUUAAAAACACAGACGCCCACCUCAAGUAUCAUUGGUGCUCAGACUAUCAUCUCUUUACUCUCCAAUUUGGUUGUUAAUUUUUUUUUCCUUUACAUAAUCAUGCUACAGUUUUUUUAUGUAUACGAUUUACCGUCGUCGUAUGAGAUGAACAGCUCUGCGCCCAAGUCUUCCUGGUGGCUCAUGAGCGAUAACUACGAGAGCUUUUUGGCCUGCGUGUGGUUUUGCUUCCAAAUUGUGAACAGCGCCUUCAUCUUCACCUUCGGCGGCAAGUACCGCAAGCCCAUCUUCUCCAACUACACCUUCAUGGGGUACUACUGCCUCAUCAACAGCUUCCUGCUCUACCUGACGGUCGGAGGGCCCAACCGACUCACGUGCCUCUUCCGAAUGAACUGCAACGACGAAGUUUCCAGAGCAACCAAAUUCAAAGUUCUAGACCUAUUCUCCUACUCAGCCAGCGGCCUAAGUUUCUACGGCCCAAACGGAAACAACAUCCUCACCACGGGCCACAAGCUGAAGUUCCUUUUUCUAAAUCUUCUAAACAUAGCCGCCAACAUUUGCAUAUCAAAAUACGUUUUGUGCGAGCCGCUGUACAACAUGGUUAGGCGGUUCUUCAACUUCCAGAAUAGGAAGGUCCCCGUGUAG